AGUCAUGAGCUGAAACUGGGAACCAGUGGAUACCUUCCGAAUGAGAAGGGAGAUUACAAGGUGAGCAUGCGGCACGAAGAUUACAAACUAACAGUGAUCGAUCCAAAGGUGCGCUCCAAUGCUAACAUGCCUUUGCACUCAACUACAUUACCAGAUGCUAAACGGGAGAUAGCUGGCGAUUUUCCCAGUCAACACUCUAAACGCAGUUUAAUCAAACUCGAGCCACUCGAACAAAGACGAUUCAAGAGCACAGAAUCUCGUCCAAUUACUACAAGCAAUUAUCUGACAGAAAGUGUCGAACGACAUCGUGAAAUGGAAGCCAGUCGUCUUAGAGAUUACCUCAAAGCAAAGGAGAGCGAUGCAAAUAAACCUUGGAACAAACCCGGAUGGCCUGGGCCAAAGGUAAACCCGUCUACGGGACUGCACAAUUAG